CAUGUAUUAUUCACGUAUUUUACAUUUCAAUAUUUUUAAUUUUUAUUUUGAAUAGUCCAUGUGAUCGGCGACUUGUCGGAAUUGCCAAAUCCUCCCGUCGAUUGCCGGAAUUCCACAAUUUGCUUUUAUUUUCGGGUUUUUAAUUAUGAAAUCUACCCAAUAAUAUUUAUUUUAGUAUAAAUAAUUACAAGAUCUGAAGCAGACCAACACGAAUCCGCUAACGGAUUUGAGAUCUAGUUGCUGUUUAGUUGCUGUUUGAUGCAGAUUCAAUAAUUCAAUUGUCUUGUAGGGCUGAAAACAUUUUUCAAAAUGGACCCAACAAUAGAAGAAGCUCUUAGAGCUAAAGAGAAUGCAGAAAAGCUAUUCACAGUAAAAGAUUUCACAGGUGCAAAACAGUUUGCUUUAAGAGCUCAAUCUUUAUGCCCUCAACUUGAAGGAAUAGCUCAAAUGGUGGCUACAUUUGAAAUAUACGCAGCAACAGAGACCAAAAUCAACCGUGAAAUUGAUUUCUACUCCAUUUUCGGAUUAGAUCCAUCUGCAGACAAAUCAGUUCUUAAAAAAAGGUACAAAAAGAUGGCUGUUCUUCUUCACCCUGACAAAAACAAAACAGUAGGAGCUGAUGAAGCUUUUAAGCUUGUUUCAGAAGCAUGGGCUGUGUUAUCUGAUAAUGUGAAAAGACACGCGUAUGAUCUUAAAAGAAAUAAACACUUAUUGGCUUCACUUCAUUCAUCUGUCAAUAACACAACAACACUUGACACUUUUUGGACUGUUUGCACUUCAUGUCGUGUCCAAUAUGAAUAUUUAAGAAAAUACGUGAACAAAAGACUUUCAUGUAAAAAUUGUCGAGGUGUUUUUGUUGCUGUUGAAACGGGAACAGCUCCUGUGACUUAUACUCCAUGGUCAUAUUCAUCUGAAAAUGGAUACGCCACCACUUAUGUACCAAGCACAUCCGUUUGUUUUGGAAACGGGUAUGAGUACAACGGGAAUGUGUCAUUCCAAUGGAAUGGGAAUGGAUAUUCCGAUCCGAAUCCGAAUCCCAAUACCAACGGUUUACCUUCCAAAUCCAUCGGUAAAUCAAAAGGGAAUGAAAAACAACAGACGAGAGGGAACGAGACGAAGUUAGGUAGGCCUCCGAAGAAACGAAAGAUAGAAACCGGAGACGGACCCCGGAAUGGAAUCGGGGAAACCGGAAUCAGAGAUUCCGAGUGUGGUGACAUUCCGACGAGACAAUACUCGUUUGCACCGGCGUUUGAUGCGAGAAAGAUGUUGAUUGAAAAAGCGAGAACGGUAAUCCGCGAUAAGUUGAAGGAAAUGAAACUGGAAUCCGGUUUGAAGACCGAAAAGAAUGGAAAGACAUUGAAAAAAAGUAAUUCGAUUCCGGUUCCGGUUCCGAUUCCGAUUACGGUUCCGGACCCGGAUUUCCAUGAUUUUGACAUGGAUAGAUCCGAAGAAGUUUUCAAACCAAAACAAAUAUGGGCGAUAUACGACGAAGAAGACGGAAUGCCGCGUCUAUACUGUAUAAUCCGCCAAGUCAUCUCCGUGAAACCGUUUCAAGUCCACAUCACCUACUUAAACUCAAAACCGGAACCGGAAUCCGCAAACUCCGGAAUCUCGAAAUCCUGUGGAAGCUUCCGUGUUUCCCAUUCCGACAUCGUUGACCAAGUCAACAUCUUUUCUCAUCUAUUGGGGCGGGAGAAAACCGGUAGAGGCGGAUGUAUUACGGUGUACCCGAAACGAGGCGACGUGUGGGCGGUGUACCGGAAUUGGUCCCGGAAAACCGCGAAAGCGAGGCGGCAGUAUGAGAUGGUGGAGGUGGUUGAUGAUUACUCCGAUAAGGUUGGAGUUUGUGUGACACCAUUGGUUAAAUUACAAGGUUAUAAAACUGUGUAUCAAAGGGGUCCCACAAAGAAUUUGAUUUCUAAAAAAGAAAUGAUGAAAUUUUCACAUCAAGUUCCGGCUUGUUUGUUGAAAGGUCAAGCUUUGAAUUUACCGGAUGGGUGUUGGGAUCUUGACCCAGCGGCUACACCGGAGCAACUUUUGAAGGCGGCAAUGGAGGUGGUGGAGGAGGAGGAGGGGAAGAGAGGAGGGUGUUUUGGUAAUUUGGUUUGAGAUUGAUAGUGUAUAGAUGGAAAACAAAUAGGGAUGGGGGGCAAUUGGUGGGAAAUUUAGGUAGGUGGAAGUAAGUGGUUGGGAUCAUAAGGUGAUCCACGGCAGCCGGAGCCGGAGCUGAAAUUUGGGUUUUUAAGAUGUUGGUUGAGAAACUUUGUACUAAUUAAUUACUUAUUUUAUGAGUUAAUUAUUUACCUUUGAGUUUUA